GCAUGCUGGAGCCACUGACCGUGCUUUUGAUGGCCGUCCUGGUCACGGACCGAGCGGCCGGUGCGACGGAGUCGGUCGAGGAAGUUCGUUGUGCAUUGUCCAUAGUUUCACAGCACCUCAACAAUUCGCGACCAUCAGCUGGACGGCUUCACAUUGUAGGCAACUCAGGGCGGCUGGGCCCCUUCUUGCUUCGACUGCCGCCAGUCACCGUGACCCUUCUGUCCGACAACGCGUCCAUGUGGCCGCCGCCGGAUCUCCUCUACCGAGACAUGGAGGCAGCUCGCCACCUAGUCAUGAUCCUCGCAGAUGAUUUCGAAGAUUUGUUGGCCUUGAGCAAAUAUCAGGACCUGAUUCCAACUUACUCGCGCGCGCUGCUCUGGACGUUUUCGUCCGGCCCGCCGUCGACCGGGAACCUCAGUCGUCUGGCCACGACCUGGAGCUGCCUCCUCCAAGUGCGCGUGGCCGUCUCGUGCGGCGACGGCGUGACGCGCCUCUACGCGCUGAGCACCAAGUGCGGCCAGGAGCUGCAGGUGACGGUGGACCCCUUGAACGAAUGGUCGAACGGCGAAUGGCAGCGUGGAACCGCAGUGUUCUCGCCGCACUGCUGGAGGUGGAUGCCACCCGACGACGGCCAGCGUCUGCAAGUCUUUUGGCCGGCCUUCAUAUCGGACCCUGCGGCUCUUGCGAUUUGGGACGCCCCGGUAGAAAACGUCCUCCGAGAAGUGGAGCGUGCGGCCAGGCUUCGUUUUGAGCGGGUGCGUGUGGACGCCUUCGGCACGGUGGAGGCGCUGAAGAACCUGUUCGACUGCCGCUUGGACGCACUGGCGGCCAGUAUGACGAUCAACGUCGAACAAAGGCCCGGGAUGGUCGAUUUCCCGUUGCGCCUCUACACUGUGAUCAUCGUGGUGCCCGCUGGCCUAGGCCGCCAUCGCAGCCCCUUCAACGGCAUCACGGGGGAGUUUUCCACGGAGCUGUGGUGCGCCACGGGCACGGCUGCGUGCUCGGUGGCGAUGGGGUUCUACUGCCUGAUGCAUAGCCAGUUUUCAAAGCGCACAAGUUCUUCUGCUGCGCUUCUGGCAUUGGCUCCACUUGUACAACAGCCACUACCGAGUAAAACCACCGUUCGGCAAUUGCAGCGGCCCCUGCUCGGAAGCUGGCUGGCCGUGUGUCUGGUGCUGUCGGCCGCGUACCAGGGCCAACUGCUAAGCGACCUGAGCGUGGCUCGCUCCGUGGACGAAAUUGACAAUUUGGAGGACUUGGUGCACAGCAACCUCAGCAUCAUAGUCCGUCCUGAAUCGUACGGCAGCGUCAAGAACCUGCUACCUCUACAUGUGCACGAUAGGGUAGUCUUCGACAUGCACUCCCCUGUGGCCGCCCUGAUCCCGCCCGUGGCCGAGUGGCGGAACUGCGCCCUUGUCCUCGGCGAAGAGGCCCUGCCCGUCAUCCGGCCGUGGCUCGUCGGGGGCCGCCUGCACACCUUCGCCGCUCCCCUGCGCACCAUCAGGACCUUCUUCAGGACGAGCAAAGACUCGCCGUUCGAGGCGGCCAUCAGGAAGACCCUGGGUCGACUCUGCACAUCAGGAAUCGUGGCUCUUUGGAUGAAGCGGCGCUACGAGACCUUCGGGGGCCCCAGCUCGCAGUGCCCGGACGAGCUCUGCGUUCGCGUCCGCGGCCCUGCGGCCCUCGACAUGCGCGCCAUGCGGCCCGCCGUCAUGGCCAUGGCCGCCGGGCUGCUCACGGCGUGCCUGACGUGCCUCGCGGAGACGGUGCUCUUCCAGAGACUCUACCAAGUCCCCGCCGGGGCCAAACACGGUGCAAUCGCCUUUCUCCGAUGGAGAGUUCGAAUGAGAGUGCUGUCUGACAGUCCGAAACUCAAAUAAACGUUACGUUCACUUUA